UUAUCACAGAAUUAUUUCGAACGCUUUUCUAGGUCGUGCUUCUCUCAGUGCGCAGCGAUGGCGGUGGAAGAGCGCAGCGGUGUCGGCAUCGGGAGCAGGGAGAUUUGGAGCAAGGUGUCGAGGAAGGCCAAGGCGGCAUUUGCAGAUGAUCGGAGCCGCGGGCGCGUCGGCAGCUGGUUUCACAACCGCGGUCGGGAUCUUGAGACGCGGGAGCAAAAUCUCUGCGAGGUAGCCCAUGCAAGUGAUGAUCGAGUGGAGAUUGGUGAAAUACCGCAGGAAUUUCCGGCGAGAGCAGGAUUUGAGAGCUCUGCGCCGCCGCUCCAGAAGAAGCUGGAAGCGUUUGCAUCGAGCCUGUCGCAAUUCGGCGGCUCAAUCGGCAAGGCGAUCGAGGAUGGUUUUACUAGAGUAGAAACGAAAGCUUCGAAUCUCAUGUCUAUGAGAAGCCCGUCGCAGAAGCCGCGCAAAGAGGCCGCCGUGUUGCCACUGGAUCCAAGUCGCGAUGGAGAAUUUGAGACUCUGGACAUCCAGCAUUCUCGAGAAGUGGUGGUGGAGCAGCAGGAGAUGAAAGCUCUUCGAGAGGAGCUCGAGUUCGCGUUGAGACGCAUCGAGAAGCUGGAAGCGAACAACGAGAAGCUCGAGCAAGACAACGAGAAGCUCGAGCAAGAGAACGCGAAGCUGAUCGAGAAGCUCAAGCAACAGGCCGAGAUAGCGAUGAUGGCAGAGGAGGACGAUCUGGUGAGAUCGCAAAUGGAGAAACUCCACCAGGAAAAGUCGAGACUGGCAAAGGAGAACGAGAACUUUGCGAUCGAGAUUCGCUGCUUGAGAGGAUUGAUGGAGUUCGAUCAGCUAAGUUUGCAAGAAGUUCGUCUAAACGAGUAAAGAGAACUAGAGUGACGCGAAGAACAAAACCAAAGAAGAAUUAGUAUAAUUGUCCAGGGAUUCGAGCCGCGGACCUGGACGAAUAUCUUUGUACUGUUGGUAUCGAACCUCGGACAGGCUGUGAUUCUCGCAGGCCAGCCUGGUUUUUUGCGCU